AUUUACACGGAUUGGGCUAAUCACUAUCUGGCAAAAUCGGGUCACAAGAGACUGAUAAAGGAUCUACAGCAAGAUGUGACUGAUGGAGUCUUACUAGCUGAAAUAAUCCAGGUUGUAGCAAACGAGAAGAUUGAAGACAUCAAUGGCUGCCCAAAAAACAGGUCUCAAAUGAUUGAAAACAUAGAUGCAUGCCUGAGUUUCUUGGCUGCCAAGGGGAUUAACAUACAGGGGCUGUCAGCAGAAGAAAUCAGGAAUGGGAAUCUAAAGGCCAUCUUGGGCCUUUUCUUCAGUUUGUCUCGAUACAAGCAACAGCAACAGCAGCCACAGAAACAGCAACCGCAACACCAUCCAUCCCAGCAGCCUCUCCCAGUAUCCCAGCAAGCAGCGCCUCCAUCCCAGUGCCAGGUCGGGGUACCACCGCAGCCGGUGCCAGCUUCGCUCCAGACUCCGUGCCAACAGCCCCCGCAAGCCGUGCAGCAUCAGUUCAAAGCACAACCAGAAAUGCAGUCCAGUGCAUCUCCCAGGGACUCAUCUCAAAGCAAAAUCAUCCGAUUCACUCUUGGUCAGAAAAAGUCUUCUAGACUUCCAGGCCCCACCACGAGGGUGUCCGCUGCAGGCAGUGAGGCCAAAGCUCGUGGUUCUAUUAGUGCCAACAACCGACGCAGCCAGAGCUUUAACAAUUACGACAAAUCCAAGCCUGGACUUCCCCCUCCAACACCAACAAGUAGCAAUGACAAAGAGCCAGCAGACAGUACAGCCUCCCAGCCCACAGGAAUGAAUGAAAAUGGCUCAUCCUCAGUUCAAAGCUGCAGCAGCACCGUCAGUUGCAAUAACUCAUCAGCCAUCCCUCAGCCCAGCUCCGCUAUUAAACCUUGGCGCAGCAAGUCCCUUAGCGCUAAGCACACAGCUACGUCUUCCAUGUUAUCCGUAAAGCAGCCUGUGUCGGAGCCUCCAAAGCCACCAUCGGAAAUCGCCAAAACAACUCCCAACGGUCAAAAAUCCAUGCUGGAAAAAUUAAAACUCUUCAAUAGCAAAGGAGGCUCCAAAGCAGGAGGGACAACGCUCGAGUGUCCGGGGUCUCGCGACAACAGUUGUGAAAAGCUAGAGACACUUCUCAGCUUUGAGGAAAGUGAAGAAAUUGAUGCCACAAAUCAGAAUGUGAACAAUCCAGGAUCCAUGUCCAGCAGUCCCAAAAUCGCGCUCAAGGGAAUUGCACAAAGGACUUUUAGCCGAGCACUAACUAAUAAGAAAAGUUCUCCAAAGGGUAAUGAGAAGGAUAAAGAGAAACAGAAAGAAAAGGAUAAAAGUAAAGACAUUGCAAAGAGAACAUCUGUCACUGAAAAGCUGGAUGCGAGAGAGGAACCAAAAGAAGAGCAGACAGCUCUAGCAACAACCGAGAUGCCAAAAAAGUCCUCCAAGAUCACAAGCUUUAUCCCUAAAGGAGGAAAGCUGAAUAGUGCCAAGAAGGAGGCCUCUGCCCCUUCGCACAGUGGAAUACCAAAACCAGGAAUGAAAACCAGCACAGGGAAAUCCUCAAGUGCCCCCGUUCCUGCAAAGGAAGGCGAGAGAGGCCGCAGCGGGAAAGCCAGCUCGGGGCUCUCUCACCAGAAGUCUCAGCUGGACGGCAGGCACUCCAGCUCCUCGUCCAGCCUCGCCUCCUCGGAAGGAAAAGGCGUAGGAGGCCUCAACAGCAGCAGCAGCAGCCAAACUGUCAACGCACCCGCCGCAACGACGCACACCACAGGGAGCAAUACCGUGAGUGUUCAGCUACCUCACCCCCAGCAGCAAUACAGCCACCCAAACACCGCCACGGUCGCUCCCUUCAUGUACAGGUCACAGACAGACAAUGAAGGGAACGUAACAGCCGAGGCCAGCACAGGAGGGGUCAGCAUGGAUUCUGCUCUUUAUGUCAAAACUGGACAGCCUGCUCUCGAUGACCUCUCAGGAGAGGAUCCAGAAACUCGGCGGUUACGAACUGUGAAAAACAUUGCCGAUCUUCGCCAAAACUUAGAGGAAACCAUGUCCAGCUUACGGGGAACCCAGGUCACUCACAGCACAUUGGAAACUACAUUUGACACCAACGUCACCACCGAGAUAAGCGGCCGCAGCAUCCUCAGCUUAACGGCACGACCCACCCCCUUAUCGUGGAGACUGGGGCAGUCCAGCCCCCGCCUGCAAAAAAAAAUGGGAAACGGGUAUCCUCCGCGGGGGAACGCCAGCCGCUUCAUCAACACCGAGUCGGGGCGUUACAUGUAUUCAGCACCUUUGCGGAGGCAGCUAGCAUCCCGCGGGAGCAGUGUCUGCCACGUGGACAUCUCAGACAAGGGAAGUGAUGAAAUCGAUCUGGAAGGCAUCACCAUGGAUGCCACCGGCUACAUGAGCGAUGGGGAUGUGCUGGGCAAGAAUAUCAGAGCUGAUGACAUCACCAGUGGGUAUAUGACGGAUGGUGGUCUGGGCCUCUACACUCGAAGGCUGAACCGGCUGCCCGAUGGCAUGGCUGCGGUGCGGGAGACGAUGCAGCGUAACGCUUCCCUGGGGCUCGGAGAUGCUGACAGCUGGGAUGACAGCAGCUCUGUCAGCAGCGGGAUCAGUGACACCAUAGAUAAUCUCAGCACUGAUGACAUUAACACUAGCUCCUCUAUCAGCUCCUAUGCCAACACACCUGCCUCCUCCCGCAAAAACUUAGAUGCACAGACUGAUGCAGAAAAGCAUUCCCAGGUUGAGCGGAAUUCCUUAUGGUCCGGUGAUGAAGUCAAGAAAUCAGACGGAGGAUCCGAUAGUGGCAUAAAAAUGGAGCCAGGAUCUAAAUGGAGGCGGAAUCCCUCUGAUGUGUCAGAUGAAUCUGAUAAAAGCACUUCUGGUAGGAAGAACACUGUUAUUUCACAGACAGGCUCCUGGAGACGAGGCAUGUCAGCUCAGGUUGGCAUUACCACACCAAGGACUAAACCUUCAACCACCUCAGGCACAUUAAAGACACCUGGAACAGGUGAGAAAAGGUGGAAUGACGCCAAGGUAUCAGAAAAGGGUAGACUAUCUCCUAAAGCUGGACAUGUUAAACGUUCCCCAUCAGAUGCAGGACGCAGCAGUGGUGAUGAAUCCAAAAAGCUUCCCACAAGUAACUCUAGGACAACUGCUGCUAAUGCUAAUACAUUUGGAUUUAAGAAACAGAGCGGGUCAGCCGUAGGCAUGACUAUAAUCACUGCCAGUGGGGCAACUAUCACCAGUAGAUCGGCUACCCUGGGAAAAAUCCCAAAGUCAUCUGGACUCAUGGGUAGGACCACUGGUCGGAAGACUAGUGUUGAUGGCUCACAGAACCAGGAUGAUGGCUACUUAGCACUUAGUGCCCGAACUAAUCUUCAGUAUCGUAGUUUACCCCGGCCCAGUAAAUCCAGUAGCAGAAGUGGAGCUGGGAAUAGAUCUAGCACAAGUAGCAUAGACUCCAACAUAAGCAGCAAGUCAGCCGGGUUGCCUGUCCCUAAAAUGAGAGAGCCUGCCAAGGUAAUCCUUGGGAACUCUCUGCCAGGAUUAGUCAAUCAGACUGAUAAAGAGAAAGGGAUUUCGUCUGACAACGAAAGCGUGGCCUCAUGUAAUUCUGUUAAAGUGAACCCUGCAUCACAGACUGCUUCUAGCGGAGCUCAGAGUACUCACCAGCAAGGAGCCAAGUACCCCGAUGUGGCCUCUCCCACUUUGCGCAGACUUUUUGGUGGCAAACCUAGUAAACAAGUUCCCAUCACAACAGCUGAAAAUAUGAAAAAUUCAGUAGUCAUCUCCAAUCCUCACGCUACUAUGAACCAGCAGGGUAAUCUUGAUUCUCCAUCUGGCAGUGGGAUGCUGAGCAGUGGGGGCAGCAGUCCUCUGUAUAGUAAAAACACGGAUAUGAACCAAUCUCCCCUAGCUUCUAGUCCCAGUUCAGCACAUUCAGCUCCUUCCAACAGUUUAACGUGGGGCACCAACGCAAGUAGCUCCUCCGCUGUUAGCAAGGAUGGCAUUGGGUACCAGUCCGUCAGCAGUCUUCACACCAGCUGUGAGUCCAUUGACAUCUCUCUGAGCAGUGGAGGUGGGCUGAGCCAUAACUCUUCCAGUGGCUUGAUUCCAGCUUCUAAAGAUGAUUCUCUGACUCCCUUUGUCCGAACCAACAGUGUUAAGACUACAUUGUCUGAAAGCCCUCUUUCUUCCCCUGCUGCUAGCCCCAAAUUCUGCCGAAAUACUUUGCCCAGGAGACAGGACAGCGACCCACAUCUUGAUAGGAACACUUUGCCUAAGAAGGGACUCAG